GAGAGAGAGAGAGAGUGGCACGGCAAAGCAUUAUUAUUAUUAUUAAUAAACAAGAAAGGUAAGAAAACUGGUGUCUGUGUCUCCGAAUUCUGCAAUGGCCGGCGUUGUUGGGUUCGUGGGGUUGGAUCGGCUGAGCUUGGACAUGGCUGCUUUGCUUCUUCGCGCUGGCUACAGAGUCCAAGCUUUUGAGGUCCAAAAGCUUUUGAUGGGUGAGUUUUUGAAGCUAGGGGGAACUGAAUGCAUCAGUCUUAUGGAGACAGGGAAAGGUGUUGCGGCUUUGAUUGUCUUAAUAUCUCAUGCGGAUCAAAUAAAUGAUGUCAUUUUUGGUCAUGACGAUGCUUUGAAAGGAUUACAAAAAGAUAAAGUCAUUAUUCUUCAUUCAACUAUAUUGCCAUCAUACAUCCAGAAUCUGGAGAAGAAACUCAGAGAGGAUGGUCUGGCAACUUCAGUAGUAGACGCGUAUGUCUAUAAGGCAACAUCUGACAAUUUAAAUGGAAAAGUUGUGGUUAUGUCCUCAGGAAGGUCAGAUGCCAUUUCAAAGGCUCGCCCUUUUCUCUCUGCAAUGUGUGAAAAGCUUUACAUUUUUGAAGGUGAAACUGGAGCUGGAAGCAAAAUUAAAUUGGUCACUGAGCUGCUUGAGGGCAUUCAUCUUAUGGCUGCUGUAGAAGCUAUUUCUCUUGGUGUUCAUGCUGGGAUCCAUCCAUGGAUAAUCUAUGACAUUAUCUCAAAUGCUGCUGGAAAUUCUUGGGUUUUUAAGAAUUAUAUUCCACAGUUGCUGAGGGGCAGUGUCAAAUGUCAUUUCCUGAAUCCUUUUAUUCUGAAUUUGGGUAUUGUUCUGGAUAUGGCCAAAUCACUUACUUUUCCUCUUCCACUUUUGGCAACUGCUCAUCAACAACUGGUUCUUGGGUCUUCACAUGGUAAUGGAGAUGAUAAUACCCCAUUGGUUCAGAUUUGGGACCAAGUGUAUGGAGUGAAUACCACAGAUGCAGCAAACACUGAACUCUACAGCCCAGAGCAACUUGCAAGUCAAAUCAUUGCCAAAUCAAAAACUGUGAACAGAGUUGGUUUCAUUGGUCUUGGAGCGAUGGGAUUUGGGAUGGCAACUCACCUUGUAAAAUCCAAUUUUUGUGUUCUUGGUUAUGACGUGUACAGACCUACACUAAUUCGAUUUGAAAGUGCUGGCGGCUUGAUUGGAACCUCACCAGCAGAUGUAUCUAAAGAUGUUGAUGUUCUUGUAGUCAUGGUCACAAAUGAAGCUCAAGCUGAGAGUGUCUUAUAUGGGGAUCUGGGCGCAGUUUCAGCCCUUCCAUCUGGAGCAUCUAUAAUACUUUCUUCCACAGUCUCCCCUGCAUUUGUGAGCCAACUAGAGCGACGUUUGCAGAAUGAAGGCAAAGAUUUGAAAUUGGUGGAUGCUCCUGUUUCCGGUGGUGUUAAAAGGGCCUCUAUGGGAGAACUUACAAUAAUGGCUGCAGGUUCAGAUGAUGCUCUUAAAAGUUCUGGUCUUGUUCUCUCAGCAUUAAGUGAGAAGCUCUAUGUUAUUAAAGGGGGUUGUGGGGCAGGAAGCGGUGUAAAGAUGGUUAAUCAGUUGCUCGCUGGAGUUCAUAUAGCAGCAUCAGCUGAGGCAAUGGCUUUUGGGGCUCGAUUAUGUCUUAACACUAGAGUGUUGUUUGAUAUCAUCACCAAUAGUGGGGCAACAUCCUGGAUGUUUGAAAAUCGUGUUCCGCAUAUGUUGGACAACGACUAUACCCCGUACUCUGCUCUUGAUAUCUUUGUGAAGGAUCUGGGUAUUGUUGCUCGUGAAUGCUCAACGCGCAAAGUUCCGCUCCAUAUUUCAACUAUGGCACACCAACUCUUUCUGGCAGGAUCUGCUGCUGGUUGGGGUCGGCAAGAUGAUGCUGGUGUGGUCAAGGUCUAUGAAACCCUCACAGGUGUUAAAGUUGAAGGAAAACUUCCAGCUCUUAAGAAAGAAGUUGUCUUGCAAAGUAUUCCACCUGAGUGGCCAGUGGAUCCCAUCAAUGAUAUACACAGGCUAAAUCAGAAAAAUUCAAAAACACUGGUUGUUCUUGAUGAUGAUCCGACUGGAACACAAACUGUUCAUGAUGUUGAGGUAUUAACUGAAUGGAGUGUUGAAUCGCUUGUUGAACAGUUCAGAAAAAAGCCUAUAUGCUUCUUCAUUUUGACUAACUCCAGAUCACUAAGCUCUGAGAAGGCAACUGCAUUAAUCAAAGAUAUAUGCAGCAGUCUUCUUACUGCAGCUAAAUCAGUUGGUAAUAUUGAUUACACUGUGGUUUUGAGAGGUGAUUCGACAUUACGUGGUCAUUUUCCAGAGGAACCAGAUGCAGCUGUUUCGGUAAUAGGUCAGGUGGAUGCAUGGAUCCUUUGCCCCUUCUUUCUCCAAGGAGGCCGUUAUACUAUUGAAGAUAUACACUAUGUUGCAGAUUCUGAUUGGCUUGUUCCUGCAGGAGACACAGAGUUUGCUAAAGAUGCAGCCUUCGGCUAUAAAUCUUCAAACCUUCGAGAGUGGGUGGAGGAGAAAACAGCAGGACGCAUUCCAGCCAGCAGUGUUGCAUCCAUUUCUAUCCAACUUUUAAGACAAGGUGGACCAGAUGCAGUUUGUGAGCAUCUUUGCAGUUUGGAGAAGGGGUCAACAUGCAUAGUAAAUGCAGUUAGUGAAAGAGACAUGGCUGUAUUUGCUGCUGGAAUGAUCCAGGCAGAACUAAAGGGGAAGUCUUUCUUAUGCCGUUCUGCGGCCAGUUUUGUUUCUGCCCGCAUUGGAAUUAUCCCCAAAGCUCGAAUCCUCCCUAAGGAUCUAGGAAAAAAGAAAGAGAGAAGUGGUGGACUAAUAGUUGUGGGUUCAUAUGUUCCAAAAACAACAAAGCAGGUUGAAGAGCUUCAGUCACAGUAUGGACAUAUGUUAAAAAGCAUUGAGGUUUCUGUUCAUAAAGUUGCUAUGAAGUCAUUAGAAGAGAGGGAGGAGGAAAUUAAUAGAACAGCAGAAAUGGCAUCUGUUUUUCUUGCAGCUCAUAAAGAUACUCUAAUAAUGAGCAGCAGAGAACUCAUCACUGGAAAAACUGCUUCUGAGAGUUUAGAGAUCAACUUCAAAGUGAGCUCUGCACUGGUUGAAGUAGUAAGGCGAAUAACUACAAGACCUUGUUACAUUCUUGCCAAGGGUGGAAUUACCUCAUCAGACCUUGCUACAAAAGCUCUGGAAGCAAAGCGUGCCAAAGUAGUAGGACAAGCCCUAGCUGGAAUCCCUUUGUGGGAGCUAGGUUCUGAAAGUAGACAUCCCGGAGUUCCAUACAUUGUUUUCCCUGGUAAAUUCUUAGUUUUGUUUCACCUGUUUCAACAGAUCCUACUAAAAGCAAAACUUUGAAAGUUCACAUUGUAU